AUGUUUGAUAACACGCAGUACCCUUAUAACUGCUUUAAUUAUGAUGGAGAUGAUUACCCAGCCUGCACUUCCGACGAAGAAAAAAGAUUCACCAGACCGGCUUACAGCUACAUAGCUUUAAUCGCCAUGGCCAUUCAGCAGAGUCCUUCCAACAAGGUGACCCUUUCUGGCAUCUACGAUUUCAUUAUGAAGAAGUUCCCUUACUAUCGAACCAAUCAACGAGCAUGGCAGAACUCCAUUCGUCACAACCUGUCUCUCAACAGCUGUUUUGUCAAGGGUUUACGGAUCAGCGGGUUUCCAUUAAGGAAGAUGCGAGGCACGGCGGUGCACCCGUCGCGGGCAAACGUUGCAGGCCCAGCGCAGCUGUUGACUCGAAAAGCCAACGUAAAUAAGCGUGAAGAGUUUUUAGGUAGUUCCCCCAAAUUUCGCCCGAUGAAAUCUGCCAGCGACGAAACGCUUAGCCAAGAGACCAACGUUGGGAAGAGAAUGCCCGCGAAAUCUUGGCCCACCCACACGAUGGCGGUAGAAUUCAAGCUUUCCGAGCAAAAAGGAUGCUUCUGGAAGGCCCAGACCUCCUUGCAAAAGGAAGAGAUCUCACAGCCAUCCACCGGCAGGGUCAAAGAAAUGUUGGACUUGGCGUGA